GAGAAAGUAACGAACCCUCUAUUUGAGAGGAGGCCUAAGCAAUUUGGUAUUGGUGGAGCUUUGCCUCCCAAGAAGGAUCUUACUCGCUACAUCAAAUGGCCCAAGUCAAUCCGUCUUCAAAGGCAGAAGAGGAUCCUUAAGCAGAGGUUGAAGGUGCCACCGGCACUUAACCAAUUCACCAAGACGCUUGACAAGAAUCUUGCAAGCCAACUCUUUAAGAUCUUUAUGAAGUAUAGGCCAGAGGACAAAGCUGCCAAGAAAGAGCGCCUUGUCAAGAAGGCUCAAGCUGAAGCUGAGGGAAAGCCUUCUGAAUCUAAGAAGCCUAUUGUUGUGAAGUACGGCCUUAACCAUGUGACCUACCUCAUCGAGCAGAACAAGGCUCAACUUGUUGUCAUUGCUCAUGAUGUCGACCCAAUCGAGCUGGUCGUUUGGUUGCCUGCUCUGUGCAGGAAGAUGGAAGUCCCUUACUGCAUUGUCAAGGGCAAGUCUCGUCUUGGAGCGAUUGUUCACCAAAAGACUGCUGCUUGCUUGUGUUUGACCACUGUCAAGAACGAAGACAAGCUAGAGUUCAGCAAAAUCCUUGAGGCCAUCAAGGCGAACUUCAACGACAAGUACGACGAGUACAGGAAGAAAUGGGGAGGAGGCAUAAUGGGAUCCAAAUCCCAAGCGAAGACAAAGGCCAAGGAAAGGGUUCUUGCAAAGGAGGCUGCCCAGAGGAUGACCUAA